CAUCAAUUUUUGCAUUUUGUUGUUUGGAUACUGAAUUGUUACAUGUUAGAGCUGUAGUUUCUGGGAAAUCUUUGUUUGUUUUGUUGCAGAGCGAUGCAGGAAUUUCUCUGAAAUUUUCCGGGAAGCCGGGAUUCGAAUUUGGAAUAUACUUAAGGAAAUGUAACUAUUUUGGGGGGAUUGGAUAUGUUUGUGCUCACUCAUACUUGCCCUCUGUUUGGUUGCCAAGAAAGUUGGGGUAAAGGAGGUUGCAAUUUGGGAUAUGCUUAUGAAAGCAUAACAAUUUUGCUGGUUUCGGAACAGACGGGGAAGAGAUUUCUUGGUGUUUUCAUAUUUUAGAUCCGUUUGGUUGCCAAGAAAGUCAAGGCAAACCUGGGAAAAAGAAAAGCAUACUUUAUGCCCAAUACCUCAUUUUUGGCCCAAAUCCUCUAGGUUCAUCAUGUCGUUUCAUGAUUAGAAUACACUAUGAUAUUUUUUUUUCCCUAUUUUUAAAUUGGCUGUGAGGUGUGAACUGCAAACCAAGAAAUGCUCGGGAACUGAAGAUAUAUGGGCGGCUUAUGCAAAUCCAUAAGAUGGAUUACUACAAAGUUUUGGAGGUUGAUUAUGAUGCAACUAAUGAGAAGAUCAAGUUAAAUUACAGAAGGCUUGCACUGAAGUGGCAUCCCGACAAGCAUAAGGGUGACAAUGCUGUUACAGAAAAAUUUCAACUGAUCAAUGAAGCUUAUAAAGUGUUGAGUGAUCCUGCUAAACGACUUGACUAUGAUUUAACUGGAAACUAUGAGAUUGAUAAGUACACUUUACGGGAAUAUCUUACCAGAUUUAAAGGAAUGAUACUUACCUGCAAUGGGCUUGGAAUUAGUCACACAUCCAUAUGGACACAACAACUGAUGGACACCAAUGAUCAUUCAGAUAAAUAAGGUUUUGAUCAUUGUAUGCAUUUGUAUCUUUAUUUGUCACCUUCCCAAUAAUUUUUUUCAGCAGCAUUGCUGAGGAGGUAGAAGUUCUAUUCCAUGGAAAUCACCUGGGUUAUUACCAUGACUGGAGAUUGGAGAUUCAUAUGUAUAAUUGUAUGAAGAGUGUUGAAAAAAAAACCUCACUUCAAAUGGGUAAGGCCAACUUUGCAAUUUCAACUCAUUGUUCCGAUAUGGGUUUGAUUAACUGAUAAUUACUGAACUCAUUGAGAUUAUUCUCACUGUCCAUGUAAUAACCAAAAGAUUUUGGCAAUUACAGCUGUGUAUUCUUAUCAAUAAAUUAUUUUAAACAUAGGGCAUGGUGGCCCAUAAGAAAUACAUUAUAUA